AUGGCAGCUGGCACCACCUGGGGCAUUGGUGGUUGGAUUGCGCAAGCAGACGGGAUUUUUUUUUGUUUCAAAGACAUUUACAAAGGCAGACUUGGCACCCUGGUUGACAUUGGAGAAGCGUGUCUUCUUCUGAUGGCCUGCCAGCUUUGCCCGUCGGCAGCCACAGGCGUGGUUUUGACGAUGGGCUGCGACAACACAGGCGCAGAAGCUGGCUUGAACAGCCUGUUUACCACAAAGUGGCCUUUGCCUCGAAUUUUGCAACGCGCAACUCAUCAUGCCAUGUUGCAUCAAGUGCACUUGCAAGUUUAUCACACCGGUGAACAUAACAUUUGGGCGGACGACCUGAGCACUCGCCAGAACUUAAGGAAGCCACUCGUUGGAGAGUAA